AUGGUUCACGUCAACCGCGUAGCGACUAGCAAGGAAAUUGCCGACUCGAAGCAAGGAUUUGAGGAGUUCGAGGCGCUGAAGCUCACUGCUGAGGAGGAGCAAGAUGACUACACGUCAACCGUGUAUGGGAGCAAGUGGGCGGCGGAGGACCUCCCCAAACAUGAGAUGCCUGACUGCGAGAUGCCCCCGCAUAUCGCGUACCGUCUGAUCAAGGACGACCUGACGCUUGAUGGCACUCCUACGCUCAACUUGGCUUCUUUCGUCACUACAUACAUGGAAGAGGAAGCUGAGAAGCUCAUGGUUGACGCCUUCUCGAAGAACUUCAUCGACUACGAAGAGUACCCCGUCAGCGCCGACAUCCAGAACCGUUGCGUGUCUAUGAUCGCCAGGCUGUUCAACGCCCCGACCGAGGAAGACGCGAACACUAUUGGUACAUCGACCAUUGGUAGCUCAGAGGCCAUCAUGUUGGGCGUGCUCGCCAUGAAGAAGGUCUGGCAGAACAAGCGCAAGGCUGCGGGCAAGCCUUACGACAAGCCCAAUCUUAUCAUGAACUCGGCGGUGCAGGUGUGCUGGGAGAAAGCCUGCAGGUACUUUGACGUUGAGGAGAAGUACGUCUACUGCACCACAGACCGCUUUGUCAUCGACCCCAAGGAGGCGGUAGACCUUGUUGACGAGAACACCAUCGGAAUUUGCGCCAUCUUGGGCACCACAUACACCGGCGAGUACGAAGACAUCAAAGCCAUGAACGACAUCCUUGUCGAGCGCAACAUCGACUGCGACAUCCACGUCGACGCAGCCUCUGGCGGUUUCGUCGCCCCCUUCGUCAACCCCAAUCUCCUCUGGGACUUCCGUCUGCCCAAGGUCAUCUCCAUCAACGUAUCCGGUCACAAAUACGGCCUGGUGUAUCCUGGUGUAGGCUGGGUCGUAUGGCGUGACCCCAAGUACCUUCCCCAGGAGCUUGUUUUCACCAUCAACUACCUCGGAGCGGACCAGGCGUCCUUCACACUCAACUUCUCGCGUGGCGCCUCGCAGAUCAUCGGCCAGUACUACCAGUUGAUCCGUCUGGGCAAGCGCGGAUACAGGCGUGUGAUGCUCAACUUGACGCGUACUUCGGACUACCUGGCCGCGAAUCUCGAGUCGAUGGGCUUCAUCAUUCUUAGCCAGAAGAGUGGAGAGGGUCUCCCGCUUGUGGCUUGCCGCAUGGACGAGGAUCUCGGCAAGCAUUACGAUGAGUUUGCCAUUGCCCACCAACUGCGCGAGCGUGGUUGGGUCGUCCCCGCCUACACCAUGGCCCCCCACUCCGAGAAGAUGAAGCUGAUGCGCAUCGUCGUGCGUGAGGACUUCACAAAAGCGAGGUGCGACGCGUUGAUUGCGGACUUCAAGCUUGCGCUGGAGACACUCGACUCGCAAGACGCAAAGAAGAUCCAGGAGGACAAGGAGUCACGACAGACUAUUCGUCGUCAAUCGACGAUGAAGACCGCUGUCUUCAAGAAAGCCGCCACGAAGAUCUAUGGCGAAGAGGAUCACAGUCUGCAGGGCAAGCAUGACAAGACGCAUGCCGUGUGCUGA